AUGCCAAAUAUAUCGCAUUUCAGCUUUAAUUCACAGGGAUUAAAUUUCAAUACAAAUAUCGAAGACUCUCAGGAAAAUGCAAUAACCGAACCGUUCAAGACUGUAAAUCAAACUGAUGAGAGCUCUUCCUCGUUAGCACAAAUUUCGAAUGUUAAUACUGAAACAUCCUAUGUUCAAUGCAAUACCCUCAGCACAUUAGAAAUCAUGCAAUUAAUUGAAAAGUACAAAAGUAAAAGAAAGACACCAAGCAGUUUCCUUAUCUAUAAAAACAAGCAUAAACUUAACCCUUCUGAAGCCAAGAUGAAGUAUGAACACGAAACUGACGACGUACGUGAAACCUAUAAAAGAUUGGCGGAAAUGAUGCGAUCAGGAUCUACUUCAAACUUUAUCAACCUAGCUGCAACAUCUUUUGAAUCAAGUGUUCAAAAUACAUCAAUAAAUCUUCAUCAACCAAUUACUCAAAAAGAACGUGUGCCCGAUUUUAAUAACAUUUUCGACGAAACAGCAUCACUACAACAAACAUUCCAACUAUCACAUCUAUCCUGCCCAAGCUCAAAAUCAAUUCAGGCUCAUUUGACCAAUAACACUUUGUAUCCCAUGUCGGCAAUAGUGCAGGGAGAAUAUUGCAAUGAAUUGAACUCUAUUUCCUCUUAUCAAGCGCUUAUUAGUCCUACUAUUAAUCCGUUAGACAUUUGCAAUAAAAAUGGCUUGAUUACAUCAAAUGGGAUCCUAAAUGACAAACAUCAUAUGUCUAAUUGGUCAGAGUUUCAAACUUCAAGCAAUGCAUAUGUGCAAGGAAUUAAUCAAUUUGAAAAUGAUGUGUUAUUCAAUCAUAAUAAUACUGCGCCUUGUAUUGAUGAAGAGUCAUUGUUAUUCGGGCAAUCUCAAAUGGAAAUGACUCAAAUUAUAGAGCAACCAUCAUUUUUUCCUAGCGAAGAAUCAAUGUUUUACGAUAAUAAUUUAAGGUAUUAUUUCUAUUAG